UUGUAGUACACGUCAGCAGUCAAUUUCUAGUCAUCCCCUUGUACACGAACUGUCUUUUUCCUCUUCCUGGUUUCUAGUUUCUUAUGACACAUGACAAUUUCUAUAAGGUGCUGCUAUACCUAAAUGAACGUUAAGCAAAUGUCAUAGUCUACUUCGACACAAGCGCCGAUGAUCUCGUCUACAGAACAAUGUGUUGAAUGCGUAUUUGAAGACUUUCUGCAGAAACGGAGUGCGUAAUCUAAAACGUUUAAUAACGCACUUCUAAACCAUGAACACGAAUGUUUGUCUGUGCUCCCAUCUGUAGCCUGCAAGCGAAUUCAUGAAUGUCUGUAGCUCAAUGUGACAAAAUGAGAUUCAGACUUCUCCGACGAAACCUGAUUGCCUUCCUGCUCGUCUCCCUAGUUGUGCUAAUUUUAAUAUAUACAAAAUUAGCUAUAGUCUCAGAGAAACCUCCCGAGACCCCACCUCAGGACCCCAACACCCAAGCCACUGUCAUAAGCAAGUUUCAGUAUGGAUCAGUCAUGGACAUGCGCACAUCAGUUUAUGACAGUAACUUCAAACAGGUUAUUCAGAAUGAUGACAAGUUCCCAGGUGACCCCGAAGUGGUCAUUGUUGUGCAAGUUCACAACAGACCAGCUUACCUCAAGAUGUUAAUUCAGUCAUUGGGAAAUGCUGCAGAUAUUCACAAGUUUUUGAUCAUCUUCAGUCAUGACUAUUUUUCCCAGGAAAUGGCCGAUAUAGUUCAAGGGAUAACCUUCUGCAAGGUUUUGCAAAUUUAUUUCCCUUACAGCCGACAGCUCUAUCCAAACGAGUUUCCUGGACAGGAUCCAAAGGACUGUCCACGGGAUAUAGCCAAGGCUGAGGCCAUCAAAUCAGGAUGCCUCAAUGCUGAGCACCCAGACUCCUAUGGUCAUUACCGGGAGGCGUCUAUCACACAGACUAAACACCAUUGGUGGUGGAAACUUCAUUUUGUGUGGGAGCGGGUACAUGCUCUUCAGGGAUUCAGCGGUUUCACCAUCUUCAUUGAGGAGGACAACUACAUCCUCCCUGACUUUUAUCAGUUCUUCAAGGGCAUGUUGGAGCACAAGAAGUCUGACUGCCCGGACUGCGAUAUGCUGGCCCUUGGCAACCACGAUGGCCUUGGCCGCUUUCAGGAAUUGUCAGGCAAGCUGGAGACAGCGAGCUGGCUGUCAACGAAACAUAACAUUGGCAUGGGCAUCUCCAGGGAGGUCUACUACAAGAUGAUGGGCUGCAACACCGAGUACUGCACCUACGACGACUACAACUGGGACUGGACCCUGCAGAACCUUUCUGGGACGUGCAUCUCCAAACCCCUGAAGGUGCUUGUGGCACGUGGCUCCAGGGUCCUGCAUACUGGCGACUGUGGCAUGCACAAGAAGGAGGCCUGCCGCCCUGAACAGGCCCAGGUGAAGGUGCAAGAGUCGCUCCAGCUAGCAAAGUCAGCCCUCUUUCCACAGACUCUCGCCGUGACAGACCACGGCUCUGCACAGCACCAGCCGCACAUGAAAAAUGGGGGGUGGGGGGACAUCCGGGACCAUGCACUAUGCAAAAACUAUGCCAAACGUCUCUAAACACCUUUAUUGUUUCCCCCAAAAAAUGUUUGGGGUGUUUUAAAAGUGCCAUUAAGAUCAUUAGAGCAAGAAGUUGCUGGAAAAAUAUUUUAUUUACUGUAACUUACAGUGUCUUCCAAAGAUGCACGUGGGCAAAAAGAGAUAACACGCAUCACUAUUUCAGGAAUGUAAAUUUUAAUUUCUCUAAAAAAAGAGAUGAUGUGAUAAAUGUACUUAAAUGGUAAGAUUUUGAUUGCCUGUAAUCUGUGAGUAGGUUUGCUUUCCAACCAUAUAACUGUGUUAUUAUUGUUCAUUAUGUGUUUUUUUUUGUAUACAGCUUUCUUUUCGGCCAUGGCUACAAAACAAAAGUGUAUUGUGAAGCUAAAUCAUGGCUGCAAAAGACCAUCCAAGUGCAUGGACGGAUUAUGAACUUUCGGGCCCCUGGGCCCAGUUGUAUUAAGGGCCUCCCACUAAUUGUUGUAUAUGUGAGAAGGAGGGUUUGGGGGUCUUCCCCCAGAAUUUUUUCAAUUUGUAUGAUGUGAUUUCCUGUAUUCUGGUGCAUUCUGAGGAUGGCCAAUACUUUAAU